GACAUAGAUUCAAAAUACAUUCCAAAGCUUCUAGAUCCAUUGAACACACUAUCUACUACCACAACGACUGUUGCUGGUGGCUACAGUAUCAUCGAUAAAGACCUUCAACAGAUGUCCAACAACAUCAUUGACUUGCUUACCAAUGGCUUCAAUGGAAGGGGUGAGUACGGUAGAGCCAAAGCCACACAUCCCUAUUUGGCCAGUAUUGCUACCUACUACUUCCAACUUAAAGGCAAACGUAUCCGUCCCACUCUCAUCAUGCUAAUGUCACGUGCAUUGAGUCCGAAUGGAUGUCUCACAUCUGACAGUAUCUUGUUGGCUCAGGUCUACGAGAUGAUGCAUACCGCAAGUCUGGUGCAUGACGAUGUACUAGACGAGGCUACCACUCGUCGUGAUAUGAAAUCAAUCAAUAUGGCCUACUCUAAUAAGUUGGCUAUUCUUUGUGGUGAUUAUUUACUGGCAAGAUCAUCUGGACUGAUGACAACUUUAAAGAACCCAGAAGUACAUGAACUAUUUGCCACGGUACUGGCGGAACUGGUGGAGGGAGAGAUCAUGCAAAUCAAGUCCACUGGUCUAUCAUUCGAUAACUAUCUGAGAAAGACCUAUUUGAAAACGGCAACAUUAAUAACAAACGCCUGUCGUUCAUCAGCAUUACUAUGUGGAUGUGAUCGUGCUACAGUUGACAUUGCCACUGAGUUUGGAUCAAAUAUUGGAAUGGCACUACAGAUUGUUGAUGACCUAUUAGACUUUACAUCAUCACCUGAAGAACUUGGAAAGGAUGUUUUGGUGGACUUAUCAUUAGGAUUAGCAACAGCACCAGUGUUGUAUGCCGCUGAAGAAUAUCCUGAACUGGAGGAGAUGGUAAACAGACGAUUCUCUGCCACUGGCGAUGUGGUACUGGCCAAUGAGUUGGUUCUCAAGAGCAAUGGAUUAGUGCGUACACGAGGACUCGCCAUUGAAUACUGUAACAAGGCCAUACAAUGUCUUUUACAUCUGCCAUCAUCAGAGUCCAGAGACCUCCUGAUCACUCUGGCCCAGACCAUGGCAACAAGGAAUAAAUAA